AUGACCCGCUUCCGACCCUGUAUCGACCUGCACGCGGGCCAGGUCAAGCAGAUCGUCGGAGGCACGCUGAGCACGAAAGAAUCGGACCUCAAGAUAAAUUAUGUCUCCAAACAUCCAGCCGAGUACUUUGCAAAGCUUUACCGCGAUGCCAGCCUCCUUGGAGCACAUGUCAUCAUGCUGGGGCCGGGUAAUGAGGAGGCAGCCAAAGCGGCAUUGGCGGCCUGGCCUGGCCAUCUUCAGGUAGGAGGUGGGAUCACCAAUGCCAAUGCGAAGGAAUGGAUUGAAGCGGGCGCCGAAAGGGUCAUUAUCACAUCUUUUCUUUUCCCCAACGGCCAGUUCUCCUUAGAAAGAUUACAAUCCGUGCUGGCAUCGCUGGGCAAUGACAAGAGCAAACUCGUCAUCGACUUGAGCUGUCGCAGGAAAGACGACACCUGGUUCGUCGCCAUGAACAAAUGGCAGACCAUCACUGAAAUGGAGAUCACAAAAGAAAGCAUCAUAAUGCUAGAGCCUUAUUGCUCUGAAUUCCUGAUUCAUGCCGCAGACAACGAAGGUCUACAGCAAGGCAUCGACACCGAGCUGGUCACCAUGUUGGCCGAAUGGUGUUCCAUCCCUGUAACGUACGCCGGCGGCGCACGUACCGUCGAGGAUCUGGACCUUGUCAAGAAAUGCAGCAAUGGCAAAGUUGACCUGACGAUCGGCAGCGCGCUGGACAUCUUUGGCGGCAACGGAGCAAAGUUCGACGACUGUGUCCGUUGGAAUCAGGUCAAUGCAUCAUCAUGA